GGGACCGAGCGGCGCGCGCCCUCCCGCAGGUCGGUUCGGUGCGCGCGCGGCCCGCCAGGCCACGCGCCGGGCGGCGGUGCGCGGGGACCCCCGGGUUUCGCCUGUGUAAGCCUCCGCGGACCUUCUGCUGGAGGCCGACGUCAGGGGGCGCCAAGGAGCCGGGGGGAACCCGGGCUCCCGCCUCCCUGAGCCGGCCCGGAGGCUGGGGCUCGGAGGAUGCAGCAGGAAGCAAGAACCGCAUGCAGAAUAGCAGCACCUACAUGGGCAUUUCUGCCUUCGCCGGUUCCGAAAAGCCUUGGCUGACUAAUUGAGAAAAUGCAGAAGAUCUUGCAGACAGAUGGCAUCACCGACAACCAAGUUCUUAGAAAAAGAAAGAGGAAACGGACAGAGACAGCGAACUCAGAAAAUGCUAAUAGUGCCCUGGAUAAAUCACAGCAGUUACCUAAAGGCCUUCAAAUACUUGAACGUUUCCCUGGACUCCCAGCAUCUCAUUGGAUGGGACCAUCUUGAGAUAUCACACAGGGGAGCUCUUGAGAAAACCAAGAGAGACCCAUAUUCAGGAAAUGCUUUCCUGCCUGGGGAGAGUUCGAGCGAUGAGGAAACACCCUUAACAGAACUAUCCAAGGAGGAACUUUGUAACAAAAUCGAAAGCCUGAAAGAAAAACUAAGAAGCAUUCGAAAGGAGAACAGCCGGCUGCGACAGUCUUUGGUCAUGCUGCAAGUGUUACCGCAGGCAGUCACGCAGUUUGAAGAACUGGUUGGAAUGGCAGAGACCCUCCUUAAGAGUGGAGGAACCGCGUCCACACCAGCGUCUACUCUCUGGAGAGCAACAAACAACUCCUCCCCAGAUUCAUUUGCCUCUCUGUGCAGUAAUUCCAACUCUACUUCCAGCUCCCCAAGUUCCGUGAAGGCUGAGGAAGAGCAGCAUCCUGGUGAGAAGCAGUUCACGAUUGAGAGAUGGCAGAUUGCCCGUUGUAAUAAGAGCAAGCCUCAGAAAUUUAUUAAUGAUUUAAUGCAAGUGCUUUACACAAAUGAAUACAUGGCCACACACAGUCUGACUGGGGCAAAAUCCUCCACUUCAAGGGACAAGGUUGUAAAACCAGCUAUGAAUCAGAAUGAAGUUCAAGAAAUCAUAGGAGUAACCAAGCAGGUGUUUCCCAGCGCAGAUGACGUCUCAAUCAGACGGAUGAUAGGACAGAAGCUGAACAACUGCACGAAGAAGCCGAAUGCGAGCAAAGCUCCGAACUCUCAGGAUGGUAUCUUAAAAUAAAACAUGCUUGGUUUUCUGUCAAACAUUGGAUUUUGCUGGAGAACCUGAGACGCAUCAAGGGACUGGCUGUAGUAGCCUUGACUUUCCUGGUGGGAUAAUGGACUGGCUGAAGCUGCAUGCAGAGCCCUUACUAAUUAACCAGAGAAUGUCUGUCAAACAAGCAUGCAAUAUGGUUUCUUUGGAAAUAUGCAUCUUUCACAGCCCCGAAUACUUCCCUGUAAACUAACUUAAGAUGAUAUCAGCUCUUAUCAUAGCAACAAAAACAUCCACCCUCCAGAUCAUUCGUUGUCUUCAACAAACAUUUUGAAUUAUUACUAUCAGUGACUCCUCUUUAUGGCUUUUGUUUGGUGGGGAGGGGCUUUAGCAAGCUCCUGUUUGGUUAAAAAUACAAUUGAAAUAAGACACAUCUACCAAUACCAUGGCUAACCAAGUAAUGAUGACUUAAUGUUAAAACGAUUGAGUUAUUCUGUGAUCUAAAAAUGUGUGAAAUAGGAUUAUGGGAAAAAAAACAAAAACAUAAAUGCCUUUUCCAUAUUCAGUUAUCCAAACAUACUCCUGAAAGUCUAAAACCCCAUCUUUGUUUGUUAAUUCCAUGCACUGAUUUUCAUAAUAGUCUCUUAGUCUGUGAGGAAGACACACCCCUCAGUAUCCAUUGUCCAGAACAUAUGAGAUUCAGAUGUGUAAUAAUAAAUAAAUCACCUAAAGUGCACGUAGGACAUGACAUCAUGCCUGGUCAGCCAUGAUGUUAAACUGCUUAAUUUUGACCUGUUUUAUCUCCACUGUAGCAGAAGGAAAAUUAACUGGAAAAAAAAAAAGUACCAAUUAUGGCAUGGAAAAUGCCAUUUUGUAAAUCCACAAAAAAUAAAACAUUCUUCAAAGACUUUUCACUUGAUAAAAGAUGCCCUGACUACUUUGCAAUGAGAAGCUAUGCCUUUCUCUUUCUCUCCCCGCUCCUUCCCUCCCUCCGCCCCCAGACAGGGUUUCUCUGUGUAGCCCUGGCUGUCCUGGAACUCAUUCUGUAGACCAGGCAGGGCUCACACUCAGAAAUCCACCUGCCUCUGCCUCCCGAGUGCCAGGAUUAAAGGUGUGCGCCACCACGCCCAGCGAAGCUAUGCUUCUCGAGUAUGUAGUGUGACGGCGAAGCUUGGGAAGAAGGACUUGUAAAGUGCAGUGCAGGGGACCCAGGGACAGGUUGUGCAGGCUGCUUGAUUAACAGUUCAGUUGUACAAAACAAAUACUCACAAUGAAGUGAAUUGUGUAACAUUUGCUACUUUUAAUUAAAUAAAAUUUAACUCCAUUGAAAAC